AUGUCGCACGCCAAACGCAACUCGAUAGGCCAAUUGGCCCUACCGACGACCCUCGUCACCGUCACACCAGGAAGCCCCACGACGAGCCAUUCACCCCUGGGACUCAACUCGCCUACGACCACAAGUCCCACAAAACCAAGCUUUGGACCAGUCCAACCGCUGCCAAUAACGACCUCGAACAUCCAGUUGCACAAUGCUCAGUACCCAGCAUCGGCGUCGACAUACACAGGGCACGUUGCGGCGUUCACAAGUGGUGGAAGCAUAACCUCGCCUGUGUCUCCAACAUCGGUCAGGAGCACGCAUGCGGGAGGGAUUCAGCCCAAUGCCAGUUUCUUCCGCCCUGUUAGACCGGGACAAUACAACAACAGCCCUGGUAGACUCGGAUUGCCGCCUCGAUUCGACGACUCAAGCGACGACGACGACGGCGCUGCCUCCUCCGUCGACCACAAUCAGCGGCCUGCUCAAAAGAAUGAUACCCUGGCACCUCGUCCUCAUCCCUUAUCAACCUCCUUGUCUCACUCUUCUUCGCUGUCUGCCCACCAGCAUCACCAUUCGAAUCAUUCAAGCGAGCUUGUGAAGGCUCACGAAGAUGGCAACAGAACCUCCGACGAACAGCCGCCCCAGACGCCCCAUGGAGUGAGCGGGAAACCGAGCAAAGAGUUUCUUUUGUCUGGUCAACAGGCUAAUGGAAACCCUCAGGCGAAAUCAAAACGGGUCAGCAUCGAUGCUUCAGCCAUCCCCCCGCCCUCCUCAUUGACCGCUAAACGCAACUCUGCAUCGUACAAGCCUAGGCUAACGUUUGAAUCUUUGCGGAGGAGCAUGGAUAGUGCCACUGGAUCCAAGCGAUUUAGCUUCGGGAGGAGUAAUGACAACAGCAAUAUGGUGUUGGAGAGCGGGAGUGAUGGGGAGGGACUACGAGAAGAGACGGGGAUACCCCUUACACCAAGAUCACCAAAGGCUAAGAGGCGGAGCAAACUGUACAGGUCAACCUCAGCUUCCUCGGUUCGAAGUGGGAUCUCCAGCGCUGCCGGCCACUUCGUGGAUAGGAUGACUGUGGCGAACGAUGAGGGAGUGUUGGGUGAAGAUGGGACGGAGGAUAGAAGCAGUUCGGCCACACCGACACCGACCUCGUUCGACCCUAGACCACCGCCUCUCGAAAAGGGUGAAUACCCGUUGAUGAAGACCCCGCUGUACCACCCUCUGGAUCCGAGCCUCGUCCCCGAAAGGAGGUUACAGAAGAUGCAGAAACGAGGAAGGAAGGGUUAUGUACCUGAUUCCGCUGCCAAUGGACGAACGAAGGCAGGAAGCGAAGGCAGCUUGGCCUUGCCUACCACUACCCGUACAAAGAGAAAGAGCAAAGGUUUCUUGACUUUCUUGUACCCUUCACCACCAGCCACCCCGACCGCUGACGGUGAAAAGACAACCAAAAUCCCAGUUUCCUUACCCGUUAGCUCGGCUCCUAAGGAAGGCACUCCUGUCAAGCGUUGGUUCCUUCAUCCCUCUCGUAACUCUUUCUUCUUUGGUGGAAGAUGCAUGACCGGCGGGGACAAUCCUUGGCCCUUCAUCCUCACGCUGACCAUCGUUUGUGGUGUUGCUGGUGUGUGGUUUGGGUGUGUCGGGAGAUGGUGGUGGGUUGAAGGUGGACUGGGAGUUGCGAAUGAAGCUGUCCGUAUCAUGAAUGGAGGGGUGGAGGGGAAUGUGAUUGGAAGCGAAGGUUCUGUGGUGGUGGGGGACAGGCAGUUGUACGUUGUGAACCCAGCUGCGAGAAGGGCGGGAAAGGCGGUUGUGAUCAUCGAUCCAGGCGUUUUGCCGAGGAACCUCGAUCCUGAUCCCCCUUACCCCGCAACCUCCCCGUUAGAUGGAGAGUUGAGAACUCCAAUGCCUAGGGACCUCAAAGUGAGAAGUGAUGUUGUGACAACUGCGUCGACACCUGUGACCAUCAUUGUCAAUGGGUGA